AUGGAAGAAGACGCAGGCGUCAAAGCUCCAGUUACUCGUCGGAGACAAAGAAUAUCUGUUGAGCAAUCUGAGGAGAGUAAAUCACCUGCACUUAAUACUCCUACUAAGAAAAGAGGUGGAAGAAGGGCGAAGCCUGAGUUGGAACUUAUUGAUGAAAAUAGUCCAAAUAAUACAACAAGAAAAACAAAGAAAGCUUCAGCAAAGGAAAUAAAAGAUGCUAUUGAAGAGAAACCUGUAACCCCGUCAAGGCGUAGUACCAGAAUUAAAUCUAACACAAGUAUUGUUUCAGAAACAGCAAUAAUGGUUGAUUCACCUAGGGCUAAAAGGGCUGCACGAAGGACAUCUGCAGUAGGAAGUGACUCUGAAGCUACAGUUACACCUAUUAGACAAACAAGAAGAACAAGAAAAGAUUCUGCCACUAGUGUGGAAAAAGCUGAAUUACCAUCAACUUCUAAACCAUCUAUUCAAAUAACACAAGUAAUUGUAGAGGAACCAGAAAGUAAUGAACGAAAAUUAGCUAGCAAUGCUGAGGACAAUGACAAUUCUUCAACUAGCAGUGUCCGUAAAAGCCCAAGACUUGAGGCAAAGAAUAAAACUCCCUCCAAAAAGAAGGCAAAAGAAAAUGACCAACCAAGUGAUAAUACAAGUGAACAAUCAGAAAGCAUACCAUCUAGAAAGUCAAUUGAUUCUUCACUUCCAACAUCUCAAGAAACAGAAGCUACAGCUGAAACGCAAGUAUCAUCAAAAGACAAUAAAGAAACAGACAGGCUUUCAAUAUCUAGUUCUGAUUUAAUAAAAGAUUUACAUGUAAUAGUGCCCAAAAUCAAAACAGACAACUUGAACAAAACAACAUCAGCCAUAGAAAGUAAACAGGAAACGACAAAAAGAAAAAGAACUAAAUCAUGGACAACUUUGACUGUAGCAAAUGAAAGUAACUUUUUCAGUGAUAAUGAAAAUACUAAAAAGAAAAUAACUAAAAAUGUUAAAGAUCUUAUACAAUUAAAUAAAAGUGGUGCAGGAGAUGCUUCGAUAAAUACAAGUAUUCAAGAUAAAUCAUUUUCUAGAAGAAAAAAGAAUGAUAGCAACAACUUUAUAGUUGAAGAUAUUGAUACAUCACUUAACAAAAGCAAGAAUAAAUCUCAAAAAGAAGAAAAUAAAGAUGAUUCACUAUCAGCUAACCAAGACGUCACUGAACAAAACAGUAAUAUUUUUGAACUAUUUAAGAAAGAACCAAGUAGCGACUUGCGAACUUUAGUAUUAAUUGAUAAUGAUUCUGAUUCCAAUCUUGAAAAGGAUAUUCAAAAUAAAUGUCAAAAUGAAGAUCAAUGUGUACCAGUGGUUGAACAUCCAGUUCGGACAGAAAAAGAAGUAGAAUUAAAUUUAAUAUCAAAAAAUCAAAGUAUUAUAAACAAAUCAAGUCUAAAUGACAGUUGUGAACCAAUGGAUGUUGACGAAUCUAUGCCAGAUAGCCUUCUAGUUGAAAUGCAGAAAAAUGAGAAUAAUUCAUCUAAAAGAAAUUUAAUUUCACAAUUUUCACAGCUAGAAAAUAGUUUAUCAAAUAAAGAAAUUUUAAACAAAUCAAAAAGAAAAUCUUCCAUUUCUAAUAACUUAGAGAAAAGUGACAAUGAAAAUAAAAGUACUCUUAUACUAUCGCAAAUAAAAGAUACUUCAUCUAGUGAAUUAAAUAAUGCAGUAAAAUCUCCUCAAAUGAAAGCCACUAUUUUGUCCAAAACUGUAGAAGAUUUAAAUGUUACUCAGGAACAUGAAGUCAAUAAAAGAAAUAUUUCACUUAAUUGUGUAACUACAAGUACCCCUUUGCAACAAAAAAAUUUACAAAAAUUGGCUCUUAAUGUUAAUACAUCAAUGAUUUCAACUAAUGAGGACAGUAAAAAUGUAAUUGAAAAUGUAAAUUCCAAAAACAAAGAUGAUAUUGAAGACAAAGGUGAAAACUCUUCGAAUGAAAGUGACUCAAGUGAAGAUGAGAAAGACAUAAAAGAAAUCCGUAAAAAAUCUAAAAUACAGAAUUAUUCAAAAAUAAUGGACUCGGAUGAUGAAAUGGAAGUUGAAAAGAUAACAUCAAAUGACAAUAGUAAUAACACAAAGAAUCAAAGCCUAAAUAUAUCUAAGAAGAAUUUGUCACAGAAACAAAAGGAUGCUGAUACUGGCUUAGAAUCAGCUGAUGAAUCAUUAAAUAUUAAAAAAAAACGAAAACCUUCGCAGUCAUCAAAGAAAAAGCCUGCUAUAUCUAGAGAAAUGGAUUCCGAUGACGAAGUAGAGUCUGAUGAUGAAUCACAAGAUACUAGUAACUUCUUAGAUGAUAAAGCAGAUGAUGCUGGCGAUGAUUAUGAAUCGGGUGAUAGUCAAGACGAGAAUGAAAGAGAAUAUGCUAAACAAAAUGAAAUUCUAGAAAAAGGAGAAACAUUCACAUCUGAAGAUGACUUUUCUGAUGAUACCGACUACGAAAAAGACUCGUUUGUUGUGAGUUCAGCUGAAGAAGAUGACGAAUUGUUGGAUGGUACGGAAGGAGAUCUUUCUAUGAGCGACAAUGAACUUAAAAUGUCAGCCAAAUCAAAGAAAAAAUACAAUGAACGUAAACUCAAAGAGCAAAAGAAAGCAUCCAAAGAAAUGUACGAAUCUAGGCAUAAAUUAAACACAUCAAGUAAAACUAAGAAAAAACAACAAAUAAGUUCAUCUGAAUCCGAAAUCGAAACGGAUCCAAAACCGAAAAAGAAUAACAGAAUGAGAUUAGAUUCUACAAACGAAACCAGUAUGCUGGAAGAUAAAGAUGAGCAAACAAAAUCUAACAAUAAAACUAAACGCCUAUCAAGAAGUGUAUGUGAUGAAAGUGCUAUGAAUGAAAAGGAAAUAACUAUUGCCAAUGAGAGCAUAAAAGAUGUGGAUCCAUUAAAAACUCAAAUAAAAGAAGAACCUGAAACACCUAAAAAAGGGAAUAUGUCUGUUGCUUUUAUUGAUUCAGAAGAAAUUAAUAAUGAUGAAGUUGAUAACAAUGAAUUGACAAAAACUCAAACGGAAAUUGAUCCUUUGGAUGAGUCUAUGGAAGACUCUUUAAGCAGUGAUACUGAAAUAAUUAAUAAUUACGAUUCUGUACUCGAAGAUCUGGGCAAGAAUAAUGAAGUGAAAACAAAAACUUGUGACAUAUCUCUAAACCUAAAUAAGAAGAUAAAGAAACCAAAAGCACCUAUAGUUGAAGAAUUAAAUCUUACCCAAGUGAAGUCUUCUAAGAAAAAUAAAAAUAAACAAACAAAAGAAGCUGAUAAAUCUAAAGAACAAAAUACAGAUGAUGGAGCGUCCUCAGAUUCUAUUGAUUUACAUUUGCUAUUCUCUGAAGAUAGUAAUCAAAGUGAUGAUGUACGAAAUAAAGAUGACAAUCAAGAAGAAUUUAUUCCAUUGGAAAGAAAAGAUGGGAAGACUGACAUUAGAGAAAAUAUUGAUACCAGCGAUCAAGUAAAUAAUACGUCACUCAAUGUCAGCCUCAAAAAGAAGAAAAAACGUAAAUCUAAGAAUGACAACAAUAUAGAUUCAAAUGACACAGAAGAAGAUAAAGUCAGCUUCUUUGUUGACACUGAAGGUACACAUACAUCUGUGAAUAAGUCUAUAAAUACCAGUUUGGAGAACAAAAAGCGACUUUCUACUCAAAACAAUGACCCUCAAAUCCUGUCACAAAAAGAAAAUGAAGACUUGCAAAUUGAUCAAGAUGAAACAGAUUUUGGCACAAACCAAUCUAUGAAUAAGUCAUUGACAAAAACACCUGCCAAGAAUAAGAAAAAAGCUUCAUUUGUAAAUGAAGAACAACAAGACCAUGAUUCAGAUGAGGCGCCGACAGAAGUUUCAUUCAAAAAAGAAAAACGUAAAAACAAAACUGAAGCUGUUAGUGAAAACCAAACAGAUUUGGCUACUAACAUCAUAUCUAUCAAUAAUACACCUGUCAGUGAGAAGAAAAAGAAGGCUAAGAAAGCGCAUGUAGAAAACCAAGCAGAAGAUGAAAAUGUUUCUGAUAGAUCAUUGAAUGCUUCAUUAAGUGUUAAAAAGAAAAAUAUAUCUACAGGUCAAGUACAAGAAACUGAGCCAAAUGAAGAAGAUCUUCAAGAAGAACAAGCUUUGAAUGUUACAUUAACCAAAACUCCAGCCAGCCAGAAAAAGAAAAAACGCACAUCUGUGUCUCAAAAAGAGAUGAAUGAACCUGAUAGUGCACUUGAUACGUCAUUGAACAAAUCCUCAAGUGAUAAAAAGAAAAAGAGUUCCUUAAAUGUAACAAAAGAAAUUGAGCUAUAUGAAAAAGAUCUUCAAGAAGAACAAGCCAAUAAUGUAUCAUUGAUCAAAACUCCUGUCAGUCAGAAGAAGAAAAAGAAGCACACAUCUGUAUCACAAAAAGAAAUAAAUGAUGGAAUUGAAGAGGUUGAUAUAAACACAUCUCUAAAUAAGACGCCUAAUAAUGUAAAGAAAAAGAAGCAGCCUUCAAUCUCGAUUGAUAAUGACCAAACAGAACCAUUAAUAGAAGAUGUGUCCAAAAUUAAGACACCAGGUAGUCAAAAAAAGAAAGAGAAGUCUCAAGAGAAUGUACAAGAAUCGCUUAAUGUGUCUAAAAUAAAAACGCCAGGCAGUCAAAAGAAGAAAGUACAAGAAUCUCAAGAGCAACCAGAUAUUCCUGAGAUGCAAGUAACGAGCUCGAAGAAACGUAAAAGGUCUCUCAACAUGACUGUUGAAGAAAUUGGUGAAGAUGGCGAAAAUAAUGUUCCUACAAAAUUGAAUGAAUCGCUGAUUGGUAGUCAAAAGAAGAAAUUAAAGAUAUCCCAACAAAGUGAGGAAGGCAUUUUUGCAGCCAUAGAAAAUAACCAAGAAGAAACGAAGUACGCUGAUGGUAAAAAGCAAAAGAAAUUGAAAAAACCAGAUAAUCUCCAUGUUGAAAAUGAGAAUCCUGGUAUAGAAAUUUUACAAGCAAAUAGAAAUAAACGUAAACAACGAGAGGACGACGACGAAAAUAUAGUUUCGAAGGUUUUGAAACAAAAUUCUUUCGACAAAAAAGUUCCUCGAUUACCACCAAGCAUAUUAAAUCAAUUGGAUGAAAAUCCCCAAAAGGAAAUCCAUGUGUCAAAGAAAGCUAAAGUAAUAUCAACAACAGACUUUGUAGUAGAAGAAACUAGGAAACGAAGAAAUAAGCCAUCAAAUUAUUUAGAAGAAAGUGUGUAUCUCAAUGAUGAUGAAUCUGAAAAUAAAAAAUUAAAGAAACACCUUCAUAAACCCAAAGUUUUACCGUUUGUGCCAACAGCAUUAACAUCUGGUAGCGGUUACACAACUAACUUCAAAGUGAAUGUUAUACCUAAAGAAAUCAAAUUCAUUGCUCAAACGAGCAACAUCUCUAACUUUAAACAAGAAUAUAUAAACAAAAGAAUCAAAAGACAAGGAACAUAUGAAUUGUAUAAAAGAAAUAGGAACAUUAAAAUAUCUAAGUUC